AUGGCCGAUGAGAUGAUCAGGACUCAACUCAUUGUCGCCGAGAAGUUGGUGGCUUUGCUGGAGAGUGGUACAGAAAAAUUGCUGCUGAUUGAUAGCCGUCCCUUUGUGGAGUACAAUACCUCCCACAUCUUGGAUGCCAUCAACAUCAACUGCUCCAAGCUUAUGAAGCGAAGGCUGCAGCAGGACAAAGUUUUGAUUACAGAGCUCAUUCAACAUUCAGCAAAACACAAGAUUGAAAUUGAUUGCAAGCAAGAAGUGGUGGUGUAUGACCAAAGCUCUAAAGAUGUGACCUCUCUCUCAUCCGACUGCUUUCUUACUGUGCUCCUGGGCAAACUGGAGAAGAAUUUCAGCUCUGUGUAUCUCCUUUCAGGUGGGUUUGCUGAAUUCUCCAGCUCUUUCCCCGGUCUCUGUGAAGGAAAAUCCACGCUCGUCCCUACUUGCAUUUCUCAGCCCUGCCUACCUGUCUCCAACAUUGGCCCGACCAGAAUCCUGCCUCAUCUCUAUCUCGGGUGUCAGCGGGAUGUCCUCAACAAGGAGCUGAUGCAGCAGAAUGAUAUUGGCUACGUACUGAACGCCAGCAAUACUUGUCCAAAGCCUGAUUUUAUUCCGGAAUCCCAUUUCCUGAGAGUGCCUGUGAAUGACAGCUUUUGUGAGAAAAUUUUGCCUUGGUUGGAUAAAUCAGUCGAUUUUAUAGAAAAAGCAAAAGCAUCAAAUGGCCGCGUGUUAGUGCACUGUUUAGCUGGAAUAUCUCGCUCUGCCACAAUCGCUAUUGCAUAUAUCAUGAAGAGAAUGGAUAUGUCCUUAGAUGAAGCUUACAGAUUUGUGAAAGAAAAAAGGCCAACCAUUUCCCCCAACUUCAACUUUCUGGGCCAGCUUUUGGACUUUGAGAAAAAGAUCAAGAACCAGAGCGGUCAACCUGCACAUAUCAGUAAGCUGAAACUUCUGCAUUUGGAAAAAAGCAGCGAGCACGUGCUGGUCCCAGAAGGUGGGCAGAGCAGCCUCUCCGCUAACCAGCUCUGCAUUACCGCUACCUCCGAGAUCGUGGAGCAGAAGCCGACGGACUGCGGCAGCGUGCCACACGGGCACUUGUCCCCGCUGGAAGAUGGCCCGCUGGUACAGGGCAUAAAUGGACUGCACGUCUCCCUGGAUAAGGUGGAAGACAGCAACCGGCUGAAGCGCUCUUUUUCUUUGGAUAUUAAAUCUGUCUCCUACUCGGCAAGUAGCAACUGUGUGACUGCUUCGGUGCAGGGCUUCGCCUCCUCCGAAGACACCCUGGAAUACUACAAACACGCAACUGCUUUAGAGGGGAGCAGCAAGUUGUGUCAGUUCUCCCCUGUCCAGGAGGUCUCGGAGCAGACCCCAGAAACCAGCCCUGACAAAGAGGAGGCAAACCCACCCAAGAAACCCCAGAACCCCUGGCAGCUGGAGAGCCAGAGCAAACGGCAGCACCUGGGGAGAGCCAGCGGCAGUGCCACCGCUCAGCGGUCGCUCCUGUACCCCCUCCACCGGAGCGGCAGCAUGGAAGACAACUACCGAACGAACUUCUUGUUUGGUCUCUCCACCAGCCAGCAGCAUUUGGCGAAGUCUGCUGCUGGGCUGGGCCUCAAAGGCUGGCACUCGGACAUCUUAGCUCCUCAGACAUCGGCUACGUCCCUUACCAACAGCUGGUAUUUUGCAACCGAGUCCUCGCAUUUCUACUCUGCCUCCACCAUCUACGGGAACAGCGCUGCUUACUCUGCCUACAGCUGUAGCCAGCUGCCCACGGGCUGCGACCAAGCCUGUGCUGUGCGCAGGAGGGCAAAGCAGGGCGAUCGAGGUGACUCCAGGCGGAGCUGGCACGAGGAAAGCUCUUUCGAAAAGCAGUUUAAACGCAGAAGCUGCCAGAUGGAGUUUGGGGAGAGCAUCAUGUCGGACAACAGAUCCAGAGAAGAACUGGGGAAAGUAGGCAGUCAGUCGAGCUUUUCAGGCAGCAUGGAAAUCAUUGAAGUGUCUUGA